CUCUCUCUCUCCUGUCCUAGCUCAGUGUGAGUGUGCGGGUGGAGGUGAUGAAGAGGGGGAUGAAGGCUCUGCGGCAGCUCAGAGAGAAGAGUAGAAAAAGGGGUGUAGACGACGUGGAGUCAGACAGAAGCGACACCUCCAGCUUUGACCACGCCCUCUCCCACCUGCAGCAGUCCUUGGCUCACCUGGACACGCUAGGCCACUCCUUCAUCCUGUCACUCAAAGAUAGCAACCAGGAACGGUUGCAGAGCUACAGUCGUACCUAUGAUCUCUCCCGUUCUGAACGGUCCAAAGUCCAGGCCCUGGCUGUCACCAUGGCGAAAGACGGACAGCCACUGGAGCAAAUCGGAGAGCUGCUGGGCAUCGCUGUGGGCAACCUGGACCUGUCAAUCAAAACCGUUCUGCAGGUGGCCGUGGAGAAUGUAGUCUCUGCCCUCAGGUAUAAACUCCUCAUUUUACCUCAUCUCUCUCGCUCUCUCUCUCUA